GGUGUUUUAUGCUUUUCUUCAUUUUAAUCUACGAAUAUUAUUUGAUGAUUAUUUGUGCUAUCGCUUAACUCGUUGUUUCUGUGUAGUAGAGUUAAUGUUAUCCGAGUUGUAGCAACGGAUAAGGAAGCGUGGAUUUCACACUCAGGGUUUAUCCUCCUUCACUGUUUUCACCAGUGGCUGGAACUAGAAUUAGUUUAAAUUCCAUGCAAAUAUUUAGUUUCGUGUUGCUGCCGUUUACCGUGUUGAGUUGAAUGGAGUGUGAAUUUAGUUUGGAGAAAGAAAUUGAGGGAAUAAUCACUAAUGCAGUAGUGCUGGUUUCAAGUUAGUGGCGAAACGUUAAUUCGGAUAGUAGAACUUACCACGGAGCUUCACUAGUGGUGGUGCAUUCUGAAUUCCCUGGACAAUCAUCAUGGCUGACAAAGGAGGAAAAUCAUGUCCCAUAUGUACUGAGGAGAUGGACCUGACUGAUCAGCAGCUGAAGCCAUGCAAAUGUGGUUAUGAGAUUUGUGUCUGGUGUUGGCAUCAUAUAAUGGAAAUGGCACAGAAGGAUGAAACUGAGGGCCGUUGUCCAGCCUGUCGUUCCCCUUAUGACAAAGAACGUAUUGUAGCAAUGGCAGCAAACUGUCAAAGAUUGGUUGCUGAAAUGAAUUCACAGCAUAAAAAGAAAAUGCAGAAACUGAAUUUGAAGCCUAAGUCAGUGGAUGGAAGGAAACAUCUUAGUGAUGUUAGAGUCAUUCAACGCAACCUAGUGUACAUAAUUGGGCUGCCUCUAAACCUUGCAGAUGAAGAACUACUUCAGUGCAAGGAGUACUUUGGCAGGUAUGGAAAGGUUAUGAAAGUGUCAUUAUCUCGAACAGCAAAUGGCAUAAUCCAACAUUCUGCAAACAACAGCUGUUGUGUGUAUAUAACAUACUUUAAAGAAUCUGAAGCAGUUCGAUGUAUUCAAUCAGUGCACUGUUUUGUAUUAGAAGGUAGACCCUUGAGGGCUUGUUUUGGAACCACAAAGUAUUGCCAUGCAUGGUUGAGAAAUGUGCCUUGCAGCAAUAAAGAUUGUUUAUAUCUACAUGACCAUGGUUCUCACGAGGAUAGCUUUACCAAAGAUGAACUAGUUUUAGCAUUUGCCAGGAGUAGAGUCCAACAAAUCAUUGGUGCUACAAAUAAUUUGCAUCGGCGUUCAGGGAAUGUUUUACCUCCACCAGUAGAUGAUCCUAAACAUAUGUCAUCAGCCACCAAAUUAGUGUCCAAAAGUCCUUUAGAUAAAUGUGAGAACCAGAUUAAAGGAUUUGCUUCAGGUAUUGGGGCUGCCAAUUCAACUGUGCUUCCUGCGAUGUCCUCUUGGGUUAGGUGUGUAUCCGGCAAUCUUCCACAGGAUACAAUUUCAUCGUGUUCUGGUAAUCUGGCAAAUAGAAAGGUUGAGGCAUCUAAUGAUCUGCAAGGCCUUGUAUCAGGAGUUGCUUGCACUGAAAGGUCUAUUAAUACAAGAUCAGGGGAAGCUGAAAAUAGCUCUGACGUUUGUUCCAAUGGUGCCUUCGUACCUUCAGAGACGAACAACCAUAAUAUCGGUGGAAAUUCUAAAACAUCAGCUUUUAUGGGCAAUGAUCAAGAUACUGCAGCACCUUCUGUGAACACAGGCUUCCUGGAGCUCUCCAGACAACAUGAUUUCAAUAUUGACACUGCAGUUGGCAUUAAUUCAAAUGGGGAUGUGCAUGGCUUAUGUUUAGGGUUAUCAUCUAUUAGCAUUAAUGAUCAUCUAGAAGAUUCAUACUUCACUCCUGAUUCAGACAGAUUACCUUUUACUCUUAACUCAAUCAAUUCCUCUCUAGGGCAGCAUUUGCAGCAAGAUAAUGAGUAUUCAACAGAACAGUCAUCCACACCAGCAUUUUGGGAAGAUAUCAUUGUGGAUGACAUACUAAACAUAGACUCUGAACAACAAAAAUUCAGCAAAGACAUCAAUUGUUUGUCAUCAUCUGGGCUCCAUUCUACUUGUCUACCUCAGAAUGUAAACCAAUCAAGCCAUCAACCAUUUAAGCAAGAUCAAAUUUGUAGCCAGAAUCAUUUCAGAAAACCUUCUACUGAGUCUUUUAAUGAACACUUGGAGACAGGACAUGUUAAGCAUGUGGAGAGUAAAGAUAAUGGUACAGGUGUUGAUAAUAUGGUUGCUUCAGACAUGGGAGAGAACAAUAUUAUAUCUGAUAUUUUGUCUUUGGAAUUAGAUGCAUGGGAAGGUUCAUUAGUUAAUUUGUUGGGUGAGAGGGAUGAACUGUACAGACCCUUUAAAGCAGCUACUUUGCGGAAAGUCCAAGACAAAAAUCAGUCAAGGUUUUCCUUUGCAAGACAGGAUGAUUUCAUGAAUGAGGCAUCUAAUUUGCAGCAACCAUUUGCGGUUACUGGGCAUGGUCCUGAAGGGAACUUUUCAUCAGGUGGUUUAAUAGGAAACAAAGAUACAGUCACUGGAAAAUACCCACAUGUCUUCCCAUCUGGCAAUUCUGUAUCAUCAGAUAAAUUUGUUGGAAGUCAGUCUUUUGUGCCAUCUAAUAUUUCCAUGUCAAAAGCUCACUCAUCAGGGCCGCCAGGAUUUUCAUUGUCCAGCAGAAUACCUCCAGGGUUUUCGUGUGGGAGAGUAGAACAGGAUAGUAAUACUUCUGUGAAACAUUUGCAGCAGCAGUAUGUUUCUUCAACUGGAAAUAUUGGCAGCAUGGGAGAUGAAUUUAACAAUCUUGCAGUAUUGAACUUUGGUAAGGGCAUGUUGGCUGAAAGGCUGAAUAAUGCUUCUUUUGACAUGAGGCAAACUUCGCUUCCACAGUUUAUUCCUGGUGAAGAUGAUCCUAGACUUAAGCUGUUAAUGCAACAAUCCACACCUACCCAGAAUUUAAGAUUUCCAGAUCAUGUUGGAAAUAGGUUUCUCCCCCAAAAUGAUUCUUAUAGAAUUUCCUCAAGGUUUCUUGAUCAAUUUCCGCCUAACAGUCCAUCAAUUUACGAACAAUUACAUUCUCAACAGUUCAGUAGUAAUACUCUUCCAUCAAAUAACCAGUGGGGUGGUUGGAAUGAUGCCAAGAAUUUCAGUGACCUGUCCAUAUCAGAAGUAUUGAAUAAUGAGAGAGUGGGAUUUAGUAAUUUCAUGCCUAAUUAUGAGAAUAUCAAGUUUUAACCACCUGCAGUCACUGAUCUACUACUAGAUCAGUGAUGGUGGCAGUUUUGUCUGAUCUACUAGAUUAGUGAUGGUGGCAGUUUUGUCUCAACUGAAAUUCCUCGUCAAUGCACUAUGAGCCUCAGAUGACAGUCGAUGUGAACCAAACCUUGUCUAAAAAAUCGGAGAUUCCUUGAUUUGUCUGAAAUUAUGUUCUAGUAAUGUCAUGUAAGGGUAUCUUGAGACCCGUUUCAAAUCAGUUUAGAAUUUGAAUACUCUGAAUUCCAUACACAAUUCUGCUAUCAAAUGGCCAGUAGUAUCAACCACCCUGUGCUUAGCUUCAUUGCCAAGCUCUAGAAUCUGUGGUUUCCCUCGUUAUGGUAGGCGGACAUUACUGGCAAACGGUGUCAAUUUUUCUCUGGGUUACACAUCUGGCUUGGCCUCGGAGGAUUUUAUGUUGGGUCACAAUUAGUUUAUGCCAUCAAACUGCAGAAAUUGACAGAGCUAAGAUGAUAAGCGUUAGUGAAUGGGGAAAUUCCUGCUUAGAAUGGUGAAAGAGCCCAUAGAUUUGAUGUUUUCAUCAUGCCUGAAACAGUUUGUCCUGAAUUUGUUACCAAUGUCGAACUUGGAAUUAUACACUGGUAAUGUACUUAAUGUAUAUGUGUGAAUAUAUAUAAAUAUAGAUUUUAAUUUCUUAGUAAA